UAAGCAUCUCAUCCACUCCCCAGUUUCGGAGAUGCAUGCUGGAAAGAGACAUACCUCAUUGGGAGGAGGGAAGCGCUCCCUCACCCAACCCGACUCCUUCUCCAAAAUCUCACGAUGCAGAUGCAUCGAGUCGUACCCCUUCUCCGGCGACGUCGUCUUUAGAAUUAUGUCGCCAGUGUGAGUGUUGGACAGGAGGCUAAUUUGCAAAAAGACAGGCGUCAGCACACUCGCUAUUGAGCUCACAGGCAGGCAUCCAAAAGGACAUGGAUGAGUUGAGGCAAGGCAAAAACCAACCCAAGGGGCCAGCCAAGCCUAGUAUAACGACAGCAGGAGGACACGAAAUGAACAACUUACUAUUUUCCUCGCUGGCACGAUCUAGCAGACUCCACCUGCUGCUUCACGAUGGCGAGCCGCUCCUCGUAGGUGAGACCCGAAGGAUGAGGCGUGCCGUCCUUGGGGUCGGGGUCGGCCGAGUAGAUGAAGCCCCCCUCGUGAAUGGGACCUUCAUAUACUGUCUUGGCCUUGCCCUUGCCCUUGGCAUCGGCCUUCUCCUCCUGGUGCCCACCCUCGCCAUUGCCGCCGCCGUCCUCGUCCGACUCUUCAGGAGAAGAGUCCGACUCGGGCCCGGGGGCGGAGUUGGCGUCGUCGGCGCCGGCGGACUUGACGACGGAGAGUUGUUCAACAGCCUCCGCGACCUCGUCUACAGCUUUGGAAGCCGUAGACUCGGCCGAGAGCGACUCACCAUCUGGAAUCGCAGGGGUCAUGGCGGUGGUGGUGUUGGUGGCCGCGGUGUUGCGAGCCUCCGCUGACAUUUUGGGGGUUUUGUCGGUUGUUGUAAUUUUGUCAAUAAAGAAGA